AUGAAACUGCACCUGGGUCCAGGCAAUCCCAAGCACAAAUCCAGGCUGGGCAGAGGAUGGAUUGAGAGCAGCCCUGAAUGUCUUGGUGGACGAGAAGCUCAGCGUGAGCUGGCAAAGUGCUCACAGCCUAGAAAGCCAACUGUAUCCCGGGCUGCAACGAAAGCAGUGGGAGCAGCAGGGCCCGGAGGAGGUGAUGCGCAGCCCAAAUCAUGGGUACAGGUGGUGCUUCUGAAAAGACAGCAGCUCAGGGUUCUGCAUGGCGGUGAGCUUGCCCACCAAGAGCAUCGUUUGGCUGCUCCACAUCUUCCCUAUAGCUUAGUUCCUAUGGGCACCAUGCGACACCGAAGAAAUGGCAAUUUUGAGAGUUCCAGACUCCUCUAUUCCAGCAUGUCUCGCAGCAUAGAUGUGGCUUGCAGCGAUGCCGAUUUGGUCAACUUCAUUCAAGAGAACUUUAAGAAGAGAGAAUGCAUCUUUUUUACUAAAGACACGAAGUCCCAGGAUAAUUUAUGCAAAUGUGGCUAUCCUGAAAAUCAACACAUAGAAGGCACUCAGGUUAAUACCAAUGAAAAGUGGAACUACAAGAAGCACACUAAGGAGCUUCCUACUGAUGCCUUUGGGGACAUUCAGUUUGAAAACAUGGGAAAAAGAGGAAAGUAUAUCCGUUUAUCAUGCGACACAGACUCUGAAACGCUCUAUGAUCUUAUGACCCAGCACUGGCACCUGAAGACCCCAAACCUUGUCAUCUCUGUCACUGGGGGUGCAAAGAACUUUGCACUCAAACCCCGGAUGCGCAAGAUCUUCAGCAGGUUGAUCUACAUCGCCCAGUCCAAAGGGGCCUGGAUUUUCACGGGAGGCACGCAUUACGGGCUGAUGAAAUACAUCGGAGAAGUGGUCAGAGACAACACCAUCAGUCGGAGCUCGGAGGAGAACGUGGUGGCUAUUGGCAUUGCAGCCUGGGGCAUGAUUUCCAACCGAGAAAGUCUGAUUCGCAGUGGUGAUAAUGAUGGGUACUACUUGGCCCACUACAUAAUGGAUGAUCUCAAGAGAGACCCCUUGUACUGUCUGGACAAUAACCACACCCAUCUCUUACUGGUUGAUAAUGGCACCCAUGGGCACCCGACAAUAGAGGCAAAAGUACGAACUCAGUUAGAAAAGUACAUCUCGGAGCGGGUUAUCCCAGAAUCCAAUUACGGAGGGAAGAUUCCAAUUGUGUGCUUUGCCCAAGGUGGAGGGAAAGAGACUUUAAAAUCUAUCAAUGUGGCCAUCAAGAGUAAGAUUCCCUGUGUUGUGGUGGAAGGUUCCGGCCGGAUCGCUGAUGUUAUCGCUAGUUUGGUGGAGGCGGAAGGCACUCUUACUUCCUCGUGCGUCAAGGAGAGCUUGCUCAGGUAUCUGCCUCGCACCAUUUCAAGGCUUUCGGAAGAGGAGACGGAAAGCUGGAUCAGAUGGAUCAGAGAAGUCCUUGAGAACCCUCAUUUACUGACAGUUAUCAAAAUAGAAGAAGCUGGAGAUGAGAUUGUGAGCAAUGCCAUUUCUUUUGCUCUUUACAAAGCUUUCAGCACCAAUGAGCACGACAGAGAUAACUGGAAUGGGCAGUUGAAGCUGCUGCUGGAGUGGAACCAGUUGGACCUGGCCAGUGAUGAGAUCUUCACCAACGACCGAAACUGGGAGUCGGCUGACCUGCAGGAUGUCAUGUUCACAGCCCUAGUGAAAGACAGACCCAAAUUUGUCCGUCUCUUCCUGGAAAACGGCUUGAAUCUGAGGAAGUUCCUAACCACAGAGGUCCUUAGAGAGCUGUACACCAACAACUUCAGCAGCCUGGUGUUCAAGAACCUGCAGAUCGCAAAGAACUCUUAUAAUGAUGCACCGCUCACGUUUGUGUGGAAAAUGGUUGAAGAUUUCCGAAGAGGUGUCAAAAGAGAUGACAAGAAUAGCAAGGAUGAGGUGGACAUAGAUCUUUCAGAUGAGUGUUCUAUCACGAGGCAUCCGUUACAAGCUCUGUUUAUUUGGUCAGUUCUUCAGAACAAGAAAGAAUUGUCUAAAGUCAUUUGGGAGCAAACCAGAGGUUGCACUUUGGCAGCCCUUGGGGCCAGUAAGCUCCUGAAAAGCAUGGCGAAGGUGAAGAACGAUAUAAAUGCUGCUGGUGAGUCCGAGGAACUCGCUAAUGAGUAUGAGACCAGAGCAGUAGAGCUGUUCACCGAGUGCUACAGCAAUGAUGAAGAUCUGGCUGAGCAGCUGCUGACCUAUUCCUGUGAGGCCUGGGGAGGGAGCAAUUGUCUGGAACUAGCAGUGGAAGCUAAAGACCAGCAGUUCAUUGCACAGCCAGGAGUGCAGAAUUUCCUUUCCAAGCAGUGGUAUGGAGAGAUUUCAAGAGAUACUAAGAACUGGAAGAUUAUACUGUGUCUGUUCUUUUUCCCUUUAAUAGCCUGUGGUUUCAUCUCAUUCAGGAAGAAGCCUGUGGAGAAGAGUAAGAAGCUCUUCUUGUAUUAUAUAUCUUUCUUCACCUCCCCCUUCGUCGUCUUCUCCUGGAAUGUCAUCUUCUACAUCACUUUCCUGUUGCUCUUUGCCUACGUCUUGCUUAUGGAUUUCCAGAAGGAACCCACCAUCCUGGAGAUCAUCCUUUACGUGCUGGUCUUCAUUCUGCUUUGUGAUGAAGUGAGACAAUGGUACAUGAAUGGCAGUAAGUAUUUCUCAGAUCUGUGGAAUGUUAUGGAUACACUAGCAAUCUUCUACUUCAUAGCAGGAAUUGUGUUCAGGCUUCACUCUUCUGAUGAAAGCUCUUGGUAUUCUGGGAGAGUCAUUUUCUGUUUGGACUACAUAGUUUUUACUCUGAGGCUGAUCCAUAUUUUCACAGUUAGCAGGAAUCUAGGACCCAAAAUUAUUAUGCUGCAGAGGAUGAUGAUAGAUGUCUUCUUCUUCCUCUUCCUCUUUGCUGUGUGGAUGGUGGCCUUUGGGGUGGCCAGGCAAGGCAUCCUGAGGAAGAACGAGCACCGCUGGGAGUGGAUAUUUCGAUCCGUCAUCUAUGAGCCCUACCUGGCUAUGUUUGGCCAGUACCCUGAUGACGUUGAUGGUACCACCUACAACUUUGACCGCUGCACCUUUUCUGGGAAUGAGUCCAAGCCUUUGUGCGUGGAGCUGGAUGCCAACAACCAACCCCGCUUCCCAGAGUGGAUUACCAUUCCCCUUGUCUGCAUUUACAUGCUCUCCACUAACAUCCUCCUUGUGAACCUGCUCGUGGCCAUGUUCGGUUACACUGUUGGAUCAGUACAAGAGAACAACGACCAGGUGUGGAAGUUCCAGCGUUACUUCUUGGUCCAAGAAUACUGCAAUCGCCUGACUAUCCCCUUCCCUUUUGUCAUCUUUGCUUACAUAUUCAUGGUGAUGAGGAAAUGCUUCAAAUGCUGCUGUAAAAAAGAGUGUAAAGAGCCAUCUGUUUGUUGCUCAAAAAAUGAGGACAAUGAAAUUCUGGCAUGGGAAGCUGUCAUGAAGGAAAACUACCUUGUCAAAAUCAAUACCAAAGCAAAUGACUCGUCAGAAGAGAUGGUGCAUCGAUUUAGACAGCUGGAUGCAAAGCUUUCUGAUUUGAAAGGUCUUCUGAAAGAGAUUUCCACCAAAAUCAAAUGAGUGCGGCUGAAAUCCAAGAGCAGCUCCCUGAGCAGGGUACCGAUUGCUCAAGGAUAACUUGAGCUGGCAGCAACCACCAAGCAAGCAGCAACUGAUCCACCAGAAUGUAUCUCAGCAGGAGACACCAAGAGUUUUUUUUCUUAUAAAUUAGCCCUCUCUGCAUGUUACAAGGUGAUGAUGAAUGUUUAUCUCCUGGCAGGAUUCCCACAUUAGCCAAGCUCUCCUUUUUCCUCGUCUCCCCUGAUGUUCAAUGGCGGCAGUUAGUCCUUGUCAGCUGCUGUUAAACAGCACUUCUAAGCUGCCGCCAAAAUCACUUUGCUUUUCAAUUUCACUCCAAGGGGCCCGUUCAUGGAUUUCCUUUAGCAGAUAAUUGCUUGUCUUGAUGAAUCAAUCUCCCUUCCCUUUCCUUCCUAGAGUAGCCAGAUCUACCUUGUUACUUGCAUGGUCUGUCAGACCUGCCAAAAUCUGUAAUGCUGGCGUGCCAGAAUACAGUGCGUUUCAGCAUCAUCUCCUGGAUGAAAGACAGCCUUUGGUCCAACCCUGCACCCACAUCUUGGACUCUUCAAGAGCAGUGUGGAUUUCUUCCCGCUCUGCCUGGAACUGUGCAGUAUUGCUGAAGCUCAACUAUUACAACCCUGCAUGGGAGAGAUUUAAUUAGUCUAGAAAGCAUUUCCAAAAGCUUCAUGUGCAAUCCUUGCUUCUUCCGUUAGGGAUGACUCAUGAACUUAGACCACUGAAAUUCAUUUGUUUUUUCCAAAUAUCUAUUUGCACAUGUUUGCAUUUUGAAAUGGAGAAGAGAUUGUUGGACAGCUUUGAAUAUUGUGAUGCUUGCUAUGGUGAGGUUACUCCUUCUGCUUUGUCUAAAGUAGCAGCUGAAUUUUCUGUGUGGCAUUUUCUGCGCUUGUUAUGAGAGUUAUUUACCUUGUGAAGUAUUGUAUCUGUCUUAAUCCUCAGUGUCUAGGAACGGUCUCCCAAGGUGUUUGAUUUUGAAGGCCUAGGUAGUUUCCUUUCACCUGUCAUAGAAUCAUAGAAUGGUUUGGGUUGGAAGGGACCUUAAAGUUCCUCCAGUUCCACCCCUGCCAUGGGCAGGGACACCUCCCACUGGAUCAGGUUGCUCCAACCCCAUCCAGCCUGGCCUUUCAUACCCCUAAGGUUGGGGCAGCCGCAACUUCUCUGCGCAGCCUGUGCCAGGGCCUCACCACCCUCACAGGCAAACAUUUCUUCCGAAGAUCUUGUCUCCAUCUCCUCUCUUUCGGCUUAAAACCCGUUGUCCUUUUCCUGCCCUCCCUGACCAAGAGCUGCUCCCCAGCUUUCCUGUAGGCCCUCUCUAAGUGCUGGAAGGCUUAAGGUCUCCUCGAAGCCUUCUCUUCUCCAGGCUGAACAAGCCUAGAUUUCUCAGCCUGUCCUCGCACAGGAGGUGCUUCAGCCCUCGGAUCAUCUUUGUGGCCUCUGGACUCGCUCCAACAGAUCCAUGUCGUUUCUGUGCUGAGGACUCUGGAACUGAACGCAGGUCUCCAGGUGAGGUCUCAUCAGAGUGGAGAAGAGGGGCAGAAUCCCCUUCCUCAACCUGCUGGCCCUGUUCCUGAUGCAGUCCAGGAUACGGCUGACUUUGUGGGGUGGUCCGUACACUUUACUAGGAGAGCUGUCUGAUAGAAUACAUGGGUGCUUACAUGCUGCCACAUCAGCUUUCCGGAUGAGUUGUUAGGGAGGCAAAGGAGGAAUUCCUGCUGAAGUAGGUGAGUCGCUGUGGACAGUGCGAAUACAGCUAUCGGAUGCCUGUCUGGAGACCGGAGACUGUAUGGAGGCCCGUGUGCAGAGCAUGUUCCAGUCCCUGUCUGCUAUGAAAACAUGUUGGUCCAGGAUGGUGAAGACAAGACCAGACCAUUCUGUGUGUUUUGGCUUGCUUCAGUACAGGGAUGAAGCUCUCUUGUACAUGAGGAAAGUUCCUACUUCAGGAUGCAGCUCACUGCCUGACGAGGCCAGUACACGCGUGCAUCGUUUCUUGGAGCUGCUGCUCUGUUUGUAUUUGCAGCUACAAAGACAUUGGUCUUAUAGGGGAAAAUGUGAUGAGUUAUCACAACAAUUACUGCUCUUUCCUUGCUGCUUCACAAUACCUAACUUCACUGUAUGCCAUGCAUUACACGAUCCUGGGGGAUAGAGCACUACCAAGAGAAAUCUUUAUUGUUCGCAUGUGAAAAUAUUUGUAUUUUGCGCUUGUAAAGGACUCAGGCUUUCAUUGAUAUAUCUGGCAGUGAUAUUAAAUCAUAAAAUAUUGAGAUGAGAUUACUUUCUAGAAAUUAUUGACUCCUAUGUCAUUUGUAUGCCUGACCUGUGAAAAUGGUGCUUUGUUUCUUACAUAUUUAAAACCUGCUGUGCCCCACGAAGUGGUGGCUCCAUCCUGGUUAUUCCUUCCCUUCCAUACAGUCUAAGCUGGGGAUACGUUUAGGGUCUGGAUAUCGCAGCACCUGCUCUCUCUAGGCCUGUGCCACCUCUUCUGUGGGGAUGGAGAUGGUGUCAGAGAGAUGGAGAGCGAGGCCCAGGCUCUUCCUUGGCCAGAGCCAGCUCAGGGCUGAGGUGCCUGGGCCGUGCCCCUCAGAGAGUCCCCUGCUCGGCCUGGCGCCGGCUGCCCUUGCUGUGUGCGUGGCCUCGGGAGUAAGA